GUUUGAGAGCGACUGUAUUUAUGUUUGAUUCUUAUAGUUCCCACAGCACUUAAAGGCAGCACCGGCAUACUCUUACAUAAUUGGACGAGAAAUGGGAGAGAGGCGUGGUCACACCCUCUGUAACCCGACACCGGACCCAUGCGCUGCGUUGACUGUAAACUUUCGCCAUGAGCUCCGUCAGUCGGGCUCGGCGAGCGGAGGACCGAGUCUGUCCGCUGUAACGGGACUCCCCGGUGCUCGUUAUUAUGUCUUAUUGACCUUUUCAAUCGGGAUCUUUUUUACUGGACAAGUGAGAGAUUAAUUUAAAGUUUGUGUUGGAGUCAUGGAGGCUGUUAGCAAGUGGAGCCCGCAGCAGGUGGUGGACUGGAUGAGAGGUCUGGACGACAGCCUGCAGCAGUACAUCCCGUCCUUCCAGCGGCAGCAGGUGGACGGGGAGAAGCUGCUCAGGAUGUCCCACCACGAGCUGCUGUCUCUGGGCGUGUCGAGGGUGGGACACCAGGAGCUGAUGCAGGAGGCCGUGGAUCUGCUCUGUGCACUGAAUCACGGUGUGGAGUCUGACAACCUGAAGACUCUGGUGGGGAAGAUGAGAGCGGCUCAUCACAACCUGAACAGCGCGGUGUCGCAGCGCCGAAAGAACCCCAUCUACAACAGCAAAAUCUCCCACCAGCCCUCCAACGAGUUCCUGACCGCCGUGAUGGAGCUCAUCGGAGCCGCCAAGAGUCUGCUGGGCUGGCUGGACAGGACGCCUCUGACGAGCGCCAACGACUUCACCUCCACCAAAAGCCGAAUCAUCCACCUGUGUCUGGAGCUCACCUCCACCGUGCAGAAGGACUGUACUGUUUAUGAGAUUGAGGAGAAGAUUCUGGAAGUGUCUCGAGCUCUGAACGGCGUCUGUGAGAAGACGGUGCAGGCGACCUCUGACCCCUCAAAGAGUGACAUGUCCUGUCUGGAGGAGGUGCACAUCAUCAACGUGAAGCCCGGAGAGGGACUGGGUAUAUACAUCAAGUCCACCUACGACGGGCUCCACGUCAUCACAGGAACAACAGAGAAUUCUCCUGCAGAUAAAACUCAGAGGAUUCAUGCAGGAGAUGAAGUGGUUCAGGUCAACAGACAGACAGUGGUGGGCUGGCAGCUGAAGCACCUGGUGGAGAAGCUGAGGGCCGAGUCUGGAGGCGUGGUCAUCGUGGUGAAGAAGAGGCCGUCGGGGAUAUCUGGUGGCUUCACAGCCGCUCCGCUGAAGAACCUGCGCUGGAGACCGCCCAGCGUACAGAUGUCUCAGGGAGUUCCGGGUCUUAUCAAAUGUCCGCAGCCAGAACCAUCAGACGCUCCUGCGAAGAGAGGAAAGACCACUUUGCUGGACUUGUACGUCCCUCCUCCCCCCGCAGCACCGUACAAACCACUAGACGCCAACAUGAACGUGUCUCCAUGUGUCAAAAUGCGACCCAAGUCUCCGAACUCGUGUCUGGACGCAGACACACGGAGACGCUCCAGUGUUAUUGACAACAAGAAGACGACGUCUGUCAGCCCCCCAGCUCAAGUCAACAAAGCGGUCCCCCUCAGACAGCACUCCUCUGCUCGCUGUAAACCCCGACCCGUCUCCAUGCCUGUAGAGAUUUCAGGAGUGUCCGACUUUUCCUCCAAACCCGGUGUGAAGGGACGCAAAGGUAACAGCGUUCUGCACAGAUAUCUGAGUAACGAGGGGAUCAGCACCAUCACGGAGGAGGAGCCGUGUUACCCUCUGCCGUACCGAGGACACCCGUCUGUCCGCGGCGUCGACCACAUCAGAGGCAGCCAGUGCUUCGUUAACGCCGACCUGCACAACAGCGCCACCAUCCCUUACCAGGAAGCAGCGUCCAAAAAGUCCUCGCCCUCCAGCUCUGCUGCUGUAAACAAACAGUCCACGUCGCUGCUCGGAGGUUUGCUGGCUCGUCUCAGGCUGCUCAGCCACUUCUCCUCUGCACCGGCCCUGUCCAGGUCGCUUGCGGGGAUGAAUCGGCGGCAGGUUUCCGUGAAGGAUCUCGGCGUGUUGGACUGUGAGGGCUGGCUUCACCGCAGGAAGGCGGGCCGCAGCUUCCUGGGGAGCAAAUGGAAGAGAUACUGGUUUGUCCUGAAGAAGAGUUCUCUGUACUGGUACAAAGACCAGAUGGCAGAGAAAGCAGAAGGAUUCAUCAACCUCUCCGGCUUCUCCGUCGAACAGGCCAAACAUUGCAGGAGGAAACAUGCGAUAACAGCGAGUCAUCCUCUGGUGGUGAACAUUUUCAUCGCUGCGGAGAGCUUCACCGACAUGAACAAGUGGAUCAGUAAACUGUCGGAGGCGGCCGAGCCGUGUGAACUGAUCCACGCUGAAGAGUGCUACAGCGAGGGCAGCGAUCAGGACUGUGAUGAGCUCGUGUCCAUUUCCUGUUCUCGACAGUCCGAUCCAGAAACAUCUGAAGACACUCCGGUCCUCUGCGAGUCCCUGCAGAGCGACCACAGAAGAAGAAGUACCUCCGAGGUGGCGGGUUUGUGUAGAAACAGAAGAAGAAGAAAAGCCUCGGAGGGCUCUGAGCGUCUCUCCUGGUUAGAUUUCCCCGGGCCGGAUGGAGACAGCACAGGAGCGUCCCUCCCUCCUGUGCACGCUGAAGGAGAGGAGGCUGUCCCAGACCAGCCGGCUCCGGAUGAGAUGGAGAGCCUUUACGUCCACCUGAAGGCGGCCAGCUUGUCUCUGAUUGGACGGUCCGGUCAGAGGGACUUCAGGGCGUCGUUUGUCAGACGAUGUAAGAACGACAAAGUCAACGAGAAGCUUCACCUGCUCAGGAUCCUCAGCAGCACGUUAAAGGCGAAACAGUCGGAGCUGCUGGCGGUGGAGCAGAUCCUGACCGACCCGACUCUCACCCCGCCAACGUACAGAAAGUGGAGGCUCUCCAACUCCGUCUUACUGCAGGAGAUCAGGCAAAGAAACCAGGCAGCAGGGGGCGCCGUGGAGCGGAGACCUCCUGAACAGCGCUCUGUGACCUGAGGAAUAUUUUUAAUAACUCCUCCGUUUUUGAUUUGAUGAAGGAUAAUAGUCGGUCAAAUGAUUCAAAAAUACUUCAGUGAAGAAGCCGGGACAAGAGGUGCAGUCAGUGGAGACUGCAGACCAGCAAAGAGCAAGACCGCGUUUGGCGAGUCCUCCACGAGAUUUGGAAUACCCUCCCAUCAGAAAUAAAAAUCACGAACUGACUCCAAAGCUUUGGUUAACAAGGCGCAACUAUAUGGAGAUAGAAUUGUCUCAAAAAGAUUUAUACGUAUCCAAAUGAUGUGUAUAAAUAUGCAUAGAUUUAAAAAUAUACAAAUAUAAAAACGUGACAUACAAAUAAAUAAACUAAUUUGUAUAAAUAAACGUGCAUUUGUAAAUAUA